CUUAGGCGACUUCAGGAGUGGUUAUUACUUUGAUGUAACUGAGCACAGAGAAGGAUCUACUUCAGUAUUAUGGCAGAUAAAGGACCAAUUCUUACCUCAGUCAUCAUUUUCUACCUGUCCAUCGGAGCCGCGAUAUUUCAGAUCUUCGAGGAGCCGCAUUUAAAUGCAGCUCUGGACGAUUAUAAAAACCGCACUGCCGAGUUAUUAAUGAAAUAUCCCUGCUUAAAUAAGGAUGAUUUGGACCAGAUAAUUGAGGUUGUGGCUGCGGCGGCUGGAAGAGGUGUGACUGUAACAGGAGAAAACCAAUUCAACAACUGGAGUUGGGAGAACGCUGUUAUUUUUGCUGCCACAGUCAUCACUACCAUAGGUUAUGGCAAUGUUGCGCCGAAGACAAAUGGAGGCCGUUUAUUCUGUAUCCUGUAUGGGCUCUGUGGCAUUCCUCUUUUCCUCACCUGGAUAAGUGAGCUGGGUACAUUCUUUGGUGGCAGGGCAAAGCGCCUGAGUCAGGUGCUCCUCCACAGAGGCCUCACUGUGAAAAAAGUACAGUUCAUCUGCACAAUUGUAUUCCUUUUAUGGGGUUUCCUGGUUCACUUGAUCUUCCCAGCCUUUGUAUUCAUGGGCUUUGAGAACUGGACUUACUUAGAAGGCCUGUACUUCUCUUUCACCACCUUGACGACUGUUGGUUUUGGUGACUAUGUAGCAGGUGUGAACCCAGAUAUAGAUUACCCAACUCUCUACAGAUUCUUCGUGCAGUUAUGGAUCUGCCUGGGUCUUGCCUGGUUGUCACUGUUCUUCAGCUGGAAUGUGCAUAUGGUGGUCGAGGCUCACAAAGUUCUGAAGAAAAGGAGGCUGAGACGCCACAGGCUGCCCAUCGAUGACGUACCGAAAAAAAAAGAAGUCAAAAAAGCCUUUAAGCCGUCACCUCGCUCUGGCAUCAUCGACAUCUUUGAGUUCAUGUCUGAGAAGGUCGAGGACUACAGCGAUGUUAUCCGAGCCAUCGGAGCAGACGAGAGGAGGAAGAAGAAGCAGGAGGAGGAACUGGCACGGUCCAAGAGCUGUAGUGACCUGCUGCACGGCCUGGUCAUCCCACUCGAUCACUCUCCUCGUCUAAAACGCCGCUUCAGCGUCAGCGCAAACAUGUGCAUGGUCACGUCUGGAGAGCCGACGGAUGGCCUCAACAACAACCAAGAGGAACAGACUUUACUGAAAGAGCACCAAAGAGACACUAAAAAUGUUAGAAAGGAAACGAAGAGCGAAGAGAAGCCUAGACGUUGUGGAUGGGACUCCCAGAAAUCAGACCCUUCAAUCUUUCACAGCCCUGUUCAAAGCCCUACCGUUACCACCAGUAAUAGAGGAUCAAGAUUCUCAGUGUCUAAAAUAUCAGAAGACCAUUUAUUAGAGAAGAGAAAAAGCAUUGGUUGAUGAAGAGUCUGAUCUAAAAGGUCAAAAACCAAAAAUGUCCUCUGCUCUGCUUUAAAUCAUGAAUUUUCAGAUGUGAAUGUCACUUUGGCUGAGCUGAUACUGUGAGGAGCAUAUGAGGAACUAAGAAGACAUUUCAAAACCAAUGAAUGUUGCUAUGACACGCAGACAGGUGCUUCCUCUACCUAAAUCAAGCUGCAGAAGUGUUCGUUGGUUUCCACAGUAUUGAAAAGGAGUCAGGUAACACACAGGGUCUUGUGCAGCCAGUCUGUGACCAAGAUAAGGAUGUGAGGGUUGGCAGAGGAAAUGAAUCCGAUUUCCGUCACAGACGUUGGAAAGUUUGGGUGUGGUACUGUGGUUUUAACCAUGGGUUUUUCAUUCUUUCUCUGGAUUUAUGUUACCAAAAUGACUGCUAGGAGAAAUCUUGGUAUAUGUUAGGAAUGGAAUACUAGCGUAUUGCUAACCCUGCAGUACAGACUGAAUAAAGCACUAUUUUUAAAGUAGUCCUCCUUGUUAAAUAUAUCCUAAGCUCUUUGCUACGCCACUAGCAAAGGAGUUGGGAUAAUAAUGACAGUUUUCAAACAGGUUUCCCAAACACUACCCCUGGAUUGGUCAGACAACCAGACUGUCCCACCCCAAACUCACGCUAUUGGUUGGGCAAUGUUUUGAUAUCAUCAUAGUGUUUUACACUUUGUCAGAGGGAAUCAAUGUAAUAUUAAGCUGAGAUUGUGUGUUUAUAUUUGUGUAUACCCAUAUAUAGCUGGAAUACAAGGUAUUUUAACAUAAAAGAUUACAUACAUCACCGUUGAAAAGAGAAUGUGAAACAGUAUGAAAAUAAUACUGCAUUGUUGUCACAUGACCUCAUUGUAUCCAUAAAUCAGUGAGUUUCAUCAACUUAUAAUUUAUGAGAUGAAAAAUGGUUAUUUUAUCCAGUUUGGUGUAAAAAAAUGAGUACAUUUUUGCAGUUUGAUCAAAUAACUAUUUAGAAAAAGUUGUUGAAACUUUGAUAGUGUUGCCAGUUUAUUUCAUGGUUAAGAUGCAGAGUGCACUGUACUGUAGCAUACAGUAUCCCACACAGAGUUUCGUUGUACUGAACAUUUUGUCAAAUGUUGUAGGUUGCCAAAGGAGCCAAGGAGUAAAAUGGUAGAUUGAAUUCUGAGUGUAUCUUGUGUCUUGAAUGCUGUAGUGGUUCUGUGGCUGUUCUUAGGUUCAACUUGCUCUUGGGAAACGUUUUAAGAAUCGGCCUGUUGAGGAAGCACCUACUCAGGCUUCCAGAAAAUAGAUUAGUGGAAGAUGUGUUAUGGGAUGUAACUUGAUCUUACCACCUGAUUGAUAUGGGUUUUGCUGGAGAAUUUUGCCUUUGUUUGACUCUUUAAUUGUCAUUUGUAUAUAUAUUUUUGUACAAGGUUUCGUGUAUGCCACUUUUGGUAAUAAAAAAGUAUUUUUUUCA